CCACUCUGCUGUGGUCAGGUGAUCCGGCGCUGAGCAGCUGUGCAGCCUCGGUAUCGCUCAUCAUCAGACAACGGGAGUCACCGGCGCUGAACACACUCAGUUUCUCGCCCGACGCAAACGUUAAACCGUUCGGUGAAACGCUGCCUUUAGGAGCGUUGUGUCAUUGAAACGACAUGGGGGACCGAGUAGCUUUACUGCUGCUGGCUGUAGCGGCUUCGGCUCUGGCUGCCGAGGUGCCUACAGAUGUUUCUAUGGGUCUGUUGGCAGAGCCCCAGGUGGCCAUGUUUUGCGGUAAACUCAACAUGCACAUCAACGUGCAGAGCGGCAAGUGGGAGCCGGACGCCUCAGGCACCAAGAGCUGCAUCGGCACCAAGGAGGGCAUCCUGCAGUACUGCCAGGAGGUGUACCCAGAGCUCCAGAUUACCAAUGUGGUGGAGGCCAAUCAGCCAGUGAGCAUCCAGAACUGGUGCAAGAAGGGGCGCAAGCAGUGUCGCAGUCACAUGCACAUUGUGGUGCCCUACCGCUGCCUGGUGGGAGAGUUUGUGAGUGACGCCCUGCUCGUUCCUGACAAGUGCAAGUUCCUGCACCAGGAGCGCAUGGACCAGUGUGAGAGCCACCUGCACUGGCACACUGUUGCCAAGGAGUCCUGCGGAGACCGGACCAUGAAUCUCCACGACUACGGUAUGCUGUUGCCGUGCGGCAUCGACCGCUUCCGAGGAGUAGAGUUUGUGUGCUGUCCUGCGGAGGCUGAGCGUGACACCGACAGCGCCGAGCAGGAUGCUGAUGAUUCCGAUGUCUGGUGGGGUGGAGCGGAGACUGACUACUCUGACAACAGUAUGGUGCGGGAGCCAGAGCCAGCAGAGCAGCAAGAGGAAACCAGACCAUCUGUGGUAGAGGAGGACGAGGAAGAGGAGGAGGAGGAGGAGGUGCCCGAGGAAGAUGAGGAGCAAGAGGAGGAGGAGGAUGUGCUGGACAAUGACCAGGACGGAGACGGAGAGGAGGACGAAGAGGUGGUGGGGGAAGAGGAGGAGGAGGAGGAGGAGGAGGAGGAGGGAGAUGACGACAUUGUCGACACACUCGACGGCGAUGACGCAGACGAGCCCACCACCAACGUUGCCAUGACGACCACCACCACCACCACCACCGAGUCUGUGGAAGAGGUUGUCAGGGAUGUGUGCUGGGCCAAUGCAGAGACUGGUCCAUGCCGGGCCAUGCUGCCCCGCUGGUACUUUGACCAACAGGAGGGCCGCUGUGCUCAAUUCAUCUACGGCGGCUGCGGAGGCAACCGGAAUAACUUUGAGUCAGAGGAGUACUGCCUGUCUGUCUGCAGGAGCGUCAUACCCACAGCCACACCCAGCUCCCCCGACGCCGUGGACCACUACCUGGAGACGCCCGCUGACGAAAACGAACACGCCCACUUUCAGAAGGCCAAAGAGAGCCUGGAGGCCAAGCACCGCGAGAGGAUGUCCCAGGUGAUGAGAGAGUGGGAGGAGGCUGAGAGGGAAGCAAAGAAUCUUCCACGUGCUGACAAGAAGGCUGUCAUCCAGCGUUUCCAGGAGAAGGUGGAGGCGCUGGAGCAGGAGGCGGCCAGCGAGCGGCAGCAGCUGGUGGAGACCCACAUGGCCCGGGUGGAGGCUCUGCUCAACGACCGCCGCCGCCUAGCUCUGGAGAGCUACCUGACCGCGCUGCAGCAGGACCCACCCAGGCCUCGCCAUGUCUUCAGCCUGUUGAAGAAGUACGUGCGUGCCGAGCAAAAAGACAGGCAGCACACCCUCAAACACUUCGAACACGUCCGCAUGGUAGAUCCCAAGAAGGCUGCGCAGAUCAGACCUCAGGUGCUGACCCACCUGCGUGUCAUUGAGGAGCGUAUGAACCAGUCACUGGGACUUCUCUACAAGGUGCCCGGUGUGGCCGACGACAUCCAGGACCAAGUUGAGCUUCUGCAGAGGGAGCAGGCGGAGAUGGCCCAGCAGCUGGCCAACCUGCAGACGGACGUGAGGAUGAGCUACGGCAACGACGCCCUGAUGCCCGACCAGGAGCUGGGAGACGGACAGACCGACCUGUUGCCUCAGGAAGACACACUGGGCCUGGGGGGAUUCGGCUUUGUCCACCCUGAGAGCUUCAACCAGCCCAACACUGAGAACCAGGUUGAGCCAGUGGACUCUCGCCCCAAUCUUGACAGAGGCAUUCCCACACGGCCAGUGACUGGAAUGAAGAUGGAAGCUAUUCCUGAGCUGCGGAUGGAGACGGAGGACAGACAAAGCACUGAAUAUGAAGUUCACCACCAGAAACUGGUGUUUUUCGCAGAGGAUGUGGGCUCCAACAAGGGCGCCAUCAUCGGCCUGAUGGUUGGAGGCGUCGUCAUAGCAACCGUGAUCGUCAUCACCUUGGUGAUGCUGAGAAAGAAGCAGUACACCUCCAUACACCACGGAGUCAUUGAGGUGGACGCUGCCGUCACCCCCGAGGAGCGCCACCUGUCUAAGAUGCAGCAGAACGGUUAUGAGAACCCAACCUACAAGUUCUUUGAGCAGAUGCAGAACUGAAGAGAAUGUCACAUGUACACACACGCACAUAAACACACACACAAAAACAUCUCCCACACAUCAAUCCCCCUUCCGACUAGUCCCACGUCUCCCAAAGGCAGUGUGGCUUAUAUCAUUGCGUGACUGAAAUAGUCAGUUACAAGCAUAAGGAGCGACUGUAGCCCGUGUUUAUUUUUUUCUUUCAUUUUUGCCUGGGCGGGCGCUGAGGCCAAGCCAGUUUGCACCACGUUUGUUCACUUUAUCGGAGCAAGACGCCUUUUAAUUAAAGAAAGGCGUUUUUAUAUGUUGCUCCUUCUGGGCCUGCUGAUGUAUGGAAAAAGGCCCCGCCCAGUGCAUCGAAACAAACCCACUGUUUGGGGAAAGAAGCGCGUUCUGUCCACACUGAUUCAGGGCCAGUGUAUAGUUGGGGUAUUUUGGCAUGGGAUGGUGUGUGUAGGCAGAUCUGACCACUGAUCAGUAGGAUUUUAGGCGCACACUGACCUGGGCCUCAUUUACAAAAACUGGUUGCAUACAGAAUCAUCAAAAUCAUUUCAAAUCAUUACUCAGCAUGUAGACAUAUUCAUUUGUUUGUAUCAUAUUCUUUGUAAUGAUUUAUAUAAUGCAAUAUAUAAUUAAAUAAAAUAAUUAAAUCAAGCAACAUUAUUUUUUAUAAAUGAAGCCCAGUGUUUCCCCCACCAUCUGCACCACUACUGCACUCAAUCUACAGUCUACACUGGAGUUUUAGUGAGCCUCCUCUCCCUCCCCUCCUCCUCCUCCAUCCCCUCCCUUCAUCUUCUUUUCUUUGCGCAUUCUUACGACAGCUGGGCUGUGCGAAGUCACACAAGGCUCUUAAGGAUAUUUGGAGAUGCUGAUGAUAAUGAAUAUGUUGAUGACAACGGUAGUGAUUAUGUAUUCUGAAUGAGCUGUUUUUACUUUUAGAGUUUUUCUCUUUCGUUUUCCAGUUUUGUUUUUCAAAAAAGAAAUGAAAACAGAGAAAAAAAAGUCAACUGAUGUAAAGUCCUUUUUUUAAAUUGCGUGUAAUGUUACUGAAUUAAUGCUGAAGUCUUAGCUGUUCCUAUGUAGUGCAUGACAACAAUGACAACAGGAUUUGGAAAAAGGAAAAAAAAGGUCUUAACACUGCUCUCUUGAGAUCCUUUCUCACGUAUAGAUUGUCAUUCUAGCAAGAUUGUACAUUUAGUAUCUUCUCGUGAUCACGUGACUUCAAACAAUGAUGAAAAAUAUAAAAAUCUAGAUGAAUGGGCUCUGCUUUGAUAUCAUGUAAAAUACACAUUUAAAAGAGAUCUGUGAUUUUGGAAUUUAAGUGUGUUCCUCAUUUCAUUUCUUUCUUUUUUUUAAAAACCAUGCUACGAUCCUGAAGCGACAGGAGGGGGGCUGGCUUCAUCUCUGUUGGUAUAUUAUUCUCAUUCACUGAAAUAUAUUGUGUUAAAAGUCCUCUCAGAAAUCACCCCCUUUUUAAUUUGUGCUUUUUUUUUUUUGUUCAAUUCAUGUGUCUUUUUUGAAAAGGGCAUGUUGUGGGUGUGAAGGUUACAGGGAGCGGAAGGGGAAUGGAAAAAGAGGAGGAAUCCGGCAUGGGGGAUGGGUUAGGAUUAUCUCUGCGUGUAUGUGUUUUGUCGUUUUCAGUCUGGUGUUUCGUCCAGUUGUAAGCCGACGCCGUCUCUUAUUUGGUUUUGUAAUCAUUUUGUGUCUGCUGAUUGAACAGGUGGAGUGCUGAGAGGAAGAGGAAGGAGGGCGAGAUAGAGAGGAAAUGACUUGCAGUUCAGGAUGGAUAGCCAGCCAGGCAGGCAGUCUGUGUAUAUAUAAUGGAUUUUCACUCCUCUUCCCCUCCCUCCCUCGCCUUCCUCUCCCCUCAGGCAUGCUGCUCACCUCUCUGCCAUCAAUGCACACUUGACUCCUCAGAGGCAGAGCAUUGUAGUCUGUAUAUAGAUGAUAGGCGUUCAUCGAGAGACUUGAGAGCGAGGCGGGGCCGGGGAUGUCAAAGCAGGGAAGUUGAAGCUAACAGCACCGUAGGCAAGAAUCCCCAGUUCAUCUUCAUACAGUCCGCUCAUGUUAAAGGUUUGUCACCAUCUCAACAUUACAUUGAAAGAAAUGCAGUGUGGCCUCUCACUCUGUUAUUAAAUCUAGUGGCGAGUAAGAUCUGUGAGGAAAUGGUGAAUGAAAUGUACAUAUGGAGGCUGCAGUGGGGUGGGUCCUUGGUUUUCAGAGGGUGCUCAUUAGAAGCCCAACAGAGGGCAGUAGAGUAGAAGAGGAAGCAGGAUUUUCUUUCCAUCUUUUUUCUGUGGAUUAUAUAUUGGUUUUGUUUUCCACUGUGUAAUAUUGUGCAGGCCAUUUGCAUUGACUGGGAAAACGCUUUCUACACUGUAUUCCAUAAUAAAGUUUUGAAUGUACAUACA